AUGAAUGGUAACACUAUACAUCCAAUCAACACCACCACAACAGCAGGAGGAGGCCCAGGCGUGGCAGCGCCCCCGAGAGGCUGGAGGGAAUUCUGCGAGCUUCACGCCAUCGCCACAGCCCGGCAGCUGGCCGGACACUACCGGAGCUUCGCCAGAGAGCGGCAACAACAUGACGUGCUCCCACCAGAGACUUUUUCCAAGCAGUUCACCGACCUCUUCCAGCAGCACUUCUGCUGUGAGGUCGACAAAGAUGGCACUCCACUCGGCCCGAACACAUGCUCCACCGGUAGUGCUGCCUCCACCACUGCGGUGGCUCCUCCCCAUUCAUCACAGGCUGUGAUUAGUCGAUUGCGGAUCACAUCUUUGUCUGGGGUGCAGGACUACCGGGAGGCGGGCCGGCCAAGUGGAGGAGCUUCUCCAUUUACUGUGGUGUCACCAAAAGUGGAGCCAGUGGUGGUGAGUCGGGAACAGGAGCAGCCGCUGCGAUGUGCGGCGGGAAACUCCUUAUCAGGAAACCCUCAGGUGCUCAGAGGUUCGACUCGUAGUAUUGGCAGCGGGUCACUGCUGAUUCGUAGCCGUAGCAACGAGGACAUCUCUGGCACUGAUCGUCGUCAGGUGUCUGAACGGUACUCUUCGGACUCCUCAACCUCCAACCCUGGACAUGCUGAUGUCACACAUUUCUCUGUCCGUCAAAUCCGAGAGACCGUAAGACAGCUUUUUAAGAAACGGCCCCUCCCCAGCCCCCCCUCAUCCCAGGACCUGUCUCCUAGCAGCCCCAACCCCACCACCAACAACAAUCCCCCAAAUAAUGUUGACCGAAUCAGUGGGAAUUCCUCCACAAACGAGGAAGUGUCGUCAUCCUCCUCAUCCCCUCACUCUUCCUCCUGUGUUAACUCUGAAGCCAUGCCCCCAGCCUCUUCACAUAUGUCCAUGGCGGGGGUAGCCUCUCACUUCCUGGAUCGUUUACGCUGGUUACGCAGUGGAAGCAUGAGGCAGAGGAGGUCAGAGAUGAGCGGCUGCUGUAAAGAGGGCCAAAUGAGGUACUUGCAGGUGGAUGACACUAUCUCAGACUCUCAGCCCCGCUGGCAACGCUGCCGCCUGCUGGUCAGGAGGAACAGGGACGCUCAAGGUGGUGGAGGAGGAAGAGGAGGAGGGGAGAGGUACCAGUUGGAGCUUUAUGAUCCUCCAAAGGCCUCCAGUCCCAAGCUGACGACUCACUGCUCAGAUAUCCAAGAAGUCCGUCGUUGCAACCGGCUGGAGAUGCCUGACAACUUAAACACAUUUGUUUUAAAGGUUAAUCGAGGUAGUCUGAUAUUUGAGACAGACAACGACCAGCAGGUCAGCUCCUGGACCACAGAGCUAAAAGAAUGUAUCACCAACAGGUCAGACAGUGUGGAUCUGGAGCCCCUCCCCUCCCCGGUUGACAGCUCUGCUCCAGCCAAUCACAGAGGGAGCGCAGAGUUAGGAAGUCAAAGCCCCGUCACCUUUGCCCCGCCAGAGCAGGGUGUCCAGAAGACUGAUCAUUUCCUGUUCUCCUACCCCUGGUUCCACGGGCCCAUCUCCCGCGUCAAGGCAGCCUACCUGGUUCAGAGCUCUGGACCGGAGGGACACGGCGUGUUUCUGGUCCGACAGAGCGAGACGCGCAGAGGUGACUACGUCCUCACGUUUAACUACCAGGGAAAAGCAAAGCACCUGCGUCUCUCUCUGACAGAAUGGGGUCAGUGCAGGGUACAGCACCUGCGCUUCCCCUCUGUUAUGGACAUGCUCAGUCACUUCCGCCUCUUCCCCAUCCCGCUAGAGUGCGGCGCUGCCGGUGCCGUCACGCUGUCCAGCUUCGUAGUGGCGGGCUCCAGCCCUCCAUCACAGGGUCAGCUCUCAGGCGCUCUUCUCGUCCCUUUCUCCCUCCAUCGGUGGAGUUCUGAGCCCAGCCUGGCUCACUGCAGCCUGGCUCGCAGCUCCACUCAGCCCCCUUCCUCCUGCUCCACCAGCGCCAGCACCACUUCCAGUCCCAGUUCUGUUUCCCAACCGGGAAAUCGGCCAUUCACUCGCACCAACCGCGUCCCUGACCCUCCUCCGCCAGCUCCCGCUCCUCUGCGUCGGAGUGAAUCGGUGGGGAGGAGACCCCUGCUCCGCCACCCCAACCCGCACAUCCCUCAACGGGACUCAGACUAUGAGCUAGAGCCCGAGCGGGGCCGCAAGCGGGCGAUAGACAACCAGUACAUGUUGCUCUGACCCGCUGAGUCAAGCACCUUCAUCACCUCUGACAGACUGCAGUCACACAUGAUCACACACACGUCACGUAUUUUAUUACCACCCCACCUACAAACAUGUGGUGGGUGUGUGAGAGGCACCUCACAACCUCCACCCCGAGUGUCCGCAGUGAAUGUAUUUUUGUGAGUUUUAUAACAGUGUUGACCAUGAUGAUUAUCCUCAUUUUAUUGAUGUUGAGGUUCUGUGCGAGAGAGGGAGAGCCACGUGUGUAGCUGUCCUCAAGCCCAGGCCAAAAAAAAGUAAAUGUUUAAAUGCUUUUAUACUUGUGAAUAUAUAGAGGUGCACUUGAUUUAACUUCAUUGGCACUUAGACUGAACUGAUGGGGAAGACACUGCCUGUGAAACUGAUUAAAUCAAGUGCUUCUGUAAAAUAUUUAAAAGACAUUUUCUUUUUCACACACAAGAGAUUUUGUGUGAAGCGCCUUUUUAUACACACACCAACGAAGAAGCACUCUAUUUGAGCGUGUCUGUACACUCUAUUAGGUAGUCCUCCUCUUGUGCUUUAUUAUAUAUUUAAGUGCACGAUGCUUUCAGUGCACUUUGGAAACAAUGUGUAUUUUUUCUAUACACAGAUUAUUUUGUAGAAAAACAAAAAGAUUAACUGAAAAGGGGAAAAUGUGGUUAAAGUCAGUGUUACUAGAAACUGAUCCUCUUCCCCCUUCAAACCUUCGCUGAAGCAAAUACAGAAAACCACAGAAAUGAUUGUAGAUCAGCUUUCUUCAUCGGCACUGUCUGUACCUGAACAUGUUUGUGGUGUGUGUCUGUGUGUGAGAUGAUUGAAAGUCCUUCAGCAUGGCUGUGCUGAUCUCAGUCUGGUACAGUAUUCACCCCCAGAGACUUUGUGUCCCAAAUCUCACUGCUAGGAUUUUUCUAAAAGGGUCUUUGUAGUGUCACAUGUUACAUUUCAAGCACCAAAGGCGCUAUGUGCACAAAAUUCACUUUUGAAUGAGCACAAAGUGUUUCAUGGUCUCAUAGAAAUAACUUUUGAAAUAAAAUCAAAGAAAAUGGAAUGAUGUAAUAACGAUAUUAUAAUUGAUAUAUCUUUGCCACCCUGCAGCCUCGAACAAUGGUUUAGAAAAUGGAUGGAUAUUGUUACCAUAUUAAUUUGUAAUUAAUUAAUUUUCUGAUGCAAAAGGUAUUCUGUGCCACUACAAUCAUGUUUAAAAAGCAUAACUCUGCCCCAUGUGGACAAUAUCACACUUUCCACAAAGCACUUAGAAUGAAUUUCAUUCCAGUCGUUACAAAUUGGUGAUGAGAUAUGAAUUAUGCUAUAACAAGUCAUUUGCAUUGAUUUUUGUGGCGUAAAAAGGUAUUCUGUGUCACCAAAGUGAGACAUAAAACAGAAAUGGAAACAUAGACUUGAAAUGCUUCACUCCAAAGAUCGUGAGGGGGGGGGGACUUCACGUACAGAAGGUAUUUGACAAAGCUUCGUCUCGUCCUUGCAGUCGUGUGCGGAUUCUCAACAAAAGUGAGAGCCGAAGCCCUAAAAAAACUUCAAUCCAGUUUUGUCAUGGUUUGAUCAUCUGUCAUUAAACCUUUAAUGGUCUCUUAAAAGUAGACCAUGAUAUGAUGCAACUCCCGAAAGUGCCUCUGUAGAUAUUAACAUUUAUUUUCUGAACAACUUCUUCAGGCAGAUAUUGAUUCUGGGAGUAGCAUCGCGUCUCCAGCUCAUAAUGUUAAUUGUUUUUCUCAGUAUUUUCUUAAAUUUAUGACCAAUUAAUAAUUUGAGGUGCCUUCUGAGUUUGUCAUCACACCUAAAAGCAGUUUUGACACACACCAAAGAUGAAAUGUCCAAUUUUCUGUAAUUUUGUUUCAAUAACUGAAGCUUCACUUCAUUAGCAGUGGGAUGCCUGUGGGGAAACAGUGUGCUACAACAUGUCUGUUUGUCUUCUUACCUUGCUUUAACACUAACUUUAGCAUUUGAUUAAGAUUUACUUUCAGUAAACUUAUGCUUAAUGCAUGUUUUAAACCUGAAGCUGUCUGUCUCUCUGCCCUCUUUAUCGUUGUAGUUUCCUGUUUUUUUAUUAAGAGACCUGCACAAGUGCAAGUUAAUUUCCUCAUGAACAUGACUAGUGUAAGUCUGCUGUGAUUACUCCUCUUGUUCUGCAAUAAGUUGGCUUUGUCUAUCAAAGGAAUGUUUUUACAAUGGUUGCGUAGUUCUCUUUAAUGUAUCAUCUUGAUAAAGACUGACAUCUUUAAAAAUGUGUUUAUAAGGGGAACAAAAACAAGGACGUUUUUGGCAAAAGUACGGUUGGUCUUCCUGUCUUUAUGUGCUCAAGUCAAACAAAUCACUCGUCACCUCGGUGUUUCAUUUCUGCUAAAGAAAGCAACGGUAACAAUAACUAUUUUGACUAUCAGUCCCCUCUCUUUGCUGAUUGUUUUUGUUUUAGGGAGAAUGACUGUGCCUUUGCCAGAAAGCUGCUUUGCUUUUCCCCGGAUGUGAUGUGGUGCAGAGUAGUGCAAUAUCUGAGAGAAGCCCAGUGCUUCACACAACGUUUCAUGUAUGUAAGGAAGGAUCAGACUUCUACAUGGAUGAGAUAAGUGAGAAUUCAAUGUUUUGCACCUGCUCAUACACUGAAGAAAACAAACAUUUGACAAAUGCCAAAGUUCCUAGAAAAUAAUGCUAUAUUUAAAGCCAGGGCUACCACAUUUUCCUUUUGCUUUAUGGCUUAUAAUUUUUUUUCAUGGUUCACUCCAAUUUGUCUGCAUGAAUCGAGUUAAUGCUUAAGAAGAAUCCCUGUGUACCUCAGGUGUCUUUAAUCCUCAACACCUGCUCCAGCAAGACCUUUAGUCUACCCCGUAUGUUUAUUUUAAAAAUGUCCAGUUGAUGAAUGUGUGUUCUCAAUACUGUUCAUUCUGUUUAUUAAUUUAGCACUGUAAACAUUCCAGUUCAACCCAACGUCCCCUCAACAGCCAAUGAAAACCAACAGCUUUUAAAAUCGUCAUUUUGUGUUUGCAUCACUUUUAGUAAUAAGCAAUCUAAAUUAUAUAUAUAUAUAUAUCUCAACUGUAUAUUUGAC